AUGACAUCUACGACACCGCAUGUGCAAGGCGAAGUGGAAUUCAUACUUGACCUGCCCCUGUAUCAGACAGAAAAGCCAUACUACGUCGCUGGUCCUCUUGAAAAAGAUGAUGAGCCCCGCCGAACCAACGCUGUCUUUGAAACAAAGAUGGUGGACUUCCAAGAUAUACGUGGUGCUGAGGAAUCCUAUACCCUGCAGAAAGAUGGCUUCACCUACGUGCGAGACGAGCUGUCUUUGUUCGCUGGCCUCCAGAAUGUUAAUGAAACCGCUCUCCAUCGAUAUGCCAAUGACACGCUGCAGUUGAUGAAAGGGAUUUUUGGCACUGAUAGCUGUUGGGUUUACGCCUACAAGUUUCGAAGCAGUGCCGACAUCUGUCGGCCCGCCGGCGUGCCAACAGGAGAAGCCUGCCUGCCUGAUGAACCAGCAGCCAAGGCGCACAUAGACCAGACGCUGGAUGGUGGUUUUCGGCGAAUUCGUCGACACCUUACCCCGGAAGAACAGGGCAGAUUUCUAGACCAGACACCUCCCCAAUGGCGCUUUCUUAUCGUCAACACAUGGCGACCAGUGAACCACCCAGUUGCCAACUACCCCUUGGCAAUUUGUCACCCUGCAACAGUCGAUAUUGAGCAAGAUGGCAUCGCGACAGACCGCGUAAGCCCCGAAUUCCAAGGUGAAAACUACUAUCUUAAAUUCCGAUCGCGACAUAAGUGGUACUGGCUGAGCGGUCAGCAACCCAACGAACUCUUGAUCUUUGUCAGCUUCGACUCGGCACAGGACUUGCAGGCUUCAUGUAGGCCCCUCUUCUAUUGUAUUGUUGUGCCCACCGUCUUGACAGUUUUUGAUUCAGUUAUUCCCCAUUGUUCUUUCCGCAUUCCCGGGGUGGCAUCAGGUGCACCGCCAAGAGAGUCAGUAGAGACAAGGACGAUAGUGGCAAUUCGCGUGCAAUGA